AUGGAAACUAUUAAUCUUGAAAAACCGUUAUAUAGCUUAAAAAAAUUUUAUUUCCCAAGUGAAUGGUCUUAUCCAAUAAAUAAAAAUUAUAAACAUAUCAAAGAUACCUAUAAUGAAGGAGUCAGUUGUGGUAUAUUUGAAGCUUCAAAUGAAAAACAUUUUGCUUAUGCCAAUGGAGUUCUAAAUUGUGUAACAUGGUUCUAUCCAAAGUAUGAUUAUGAACAAUGUAUGGUUGCCGCCAGUAUUAUGUUGUGGAUAUUCGUUUUGGAUGACUUUCUUGAACGUGACCAUAUGACUGAUGAAAAACAACAGUAUUGUGUUAAAAAGUAUGAAGAUAUAUUAAUCUUUGGUAAAGAUAGUUCAUAUAUUUCAAAUAUUGAAUAUAAUGACUUGACUCCAUUAGAUAAAUACUCUUUAAUAUUAAGAAAAAGAUUAUUAAAUCCAACAAUUCAUAGAAUUGAAUCAUUCAAUAUCUUUAUUCAUUAUUUAAGAGAAUGGUUCUUUUCAAUUAUUCCAUUGAAAAAAUCAAAAGGAAAUAAUCAUGAUUCAGUUCCAAUUGAAGUAUAUCAAUUUAUUAGAACCAUUAAUAUUGGAUUAUUCUUUGUCGUGGGUGUUAAUAGUGUUGCUGUUAGAACUAAUGUCCAUGGAUCAUUUUGGUUAAAUCCAAUUUGGAAUAGAAUGGUGAGAUCAGCAUCAAGACAAAUCAUUAUUUUUAAUGAUUGUGUUUCAUAUGCAAAGGAACUAAAUCAUGAUUGUGCUGGUGAAAAUUGUCUUUACAUCCUCCAAAAGAAAUUGAAUUUACCAUUUGAAAAAGUUUAUUCUGAAUUAAUAGCAGAAGCAAAACAAUGCAUUUUUGAUAUCCAAAAUGAUGAAAAAUUGUUAAUCAAAUCACUUAGCCAUAUAAGUGAAGAAGAAAUGAAUGGUGUUAUUUACUUAGUUGAACAAUUACAUGAAAUUAUUUGUGGUAAUCGUGAUUGGGCACUAAUGACACCAAGAUACAUUCACAAAGAUUCUCCAUUUAUUGAAACUAAUGGUAUUGAUUCAUUAUUUGUUCCAUAUGAAACUAUUUUAGAUCCAAAUCUUUAUUAA